ACACACACUCUUCCUACCCACGUCAACCACCGCAAACAUGUCGAAGGUCCGCUCUGCGUUUAUGAAGCACUGGUACUCCGUCGAGGUGCUGCCCAUCUAUGUCAUCACGGGCGCCGCCGCCGUCGGUGCGACCUGGUACAUGACCCGCCUCGCGCGCGGCCCCGACGUCGUCUGGGACCGCAAGAACAACCCGCAGCCGUGGCAGCACGUCGAGCCGGGCACCAACACCAAGCUCAUGUCUGUCAACCAAAAAUUCGACAAGCAGUACAAGCGCGACCGCCUCUAGUAGUGUCGUUAGACGUCUCGCCGCAGAAGGGCAUCAUACGCCCCAGGAGCGGUGGAGAGACAACACACACACAAUGUAGCAGGAGGAAGUGUGGCAGAAUGGAUUUCAUUCACCUCGGCGGGUUCUGGUGGUGGGCGCGCCUGAUUGUAAGAUUGCGUGUGGGUUCAUGAUGCAAGAGCUACAAGAUGUCUGCGAGGCGCUUGGCCAGCGCGAGUCUGAGAAUGUCGAGCCGCCGCGUGGAUGCCUGGACGUCAAACACAUCCCCUUUUCCUUCCUCCUCUUCUUCCCCUUCUUCCUCGUCCUCUUCCUCCUCUGCCUCUGCCUCCUCUACUAGCCCCUUUUGCCCUGCCUGUCCCUGACUCUGCCGCUGUCCCUGCGUCUUUGCCUGCCCUGCUGCCGUGCCGUUGGGCGAGGGCCCCACGAGGAGCCGCUGGAGCGGGCCCAGGUAGUGCCUGGCCAGGCGCUCGUGCCGGCUCGAGGCGGCC